AUGGUGGACGUGUUCACAUGUAGAACUCCAGCCAUCGCCGAUAUCGUGAUCCUGGUGGAUGGGUCAUGGAGCAUCGGAAGAAUGAAUUUCCGUUCGGUGCGGAUGUUUCUGGAAAGUCUCAUCAGGGCCUUUGCGGUUGGAUCUGAACACACACGUGUUGGUUUGGCACAGUACAGCGGGGAUCCGCGGAUUGAGUGGCAUCUAAAAACACACAGCACUAAAGAAGACGUGAUCCAAGCUGUGAAGAAUCUGCCUUAUAAAGGAGGAAACACAUUAACAGGUCUGGCUCUGACGUAUAUUCUGAAGAAGAGCUUCAAAGCUGAGUCUGGAUCCAGACCUGAUGUUCCUAAGAUUGGGAUUCUGAUCACGGAUGGGAAAUCACAGGACGAUGUUAUUUCUCCUGCUCAGCAACUCAGAGAUGCUGGGAUCGAGCUGUUUGCUAUCGGAGUGAAGAAUGCGGAUGCGAACGAGCUGAGAGCCAUCGCCUCUCCACCAGAGGAGACACACGUGUAUAACACGGCUGAUUUCAGCUUGUUGAGCUCCAUCGUGGAGGCACUGACCAGGAACGUCUGCAAGCGCGUCUCUGAACUGAGCAGAAAGAUCAGAGGUGAGACAGAUUCGUAUUCCACGGGGCCACCGGAUGCUCCCAGUAACCUUGUGACCUCUGAGGUCACAGCUAGGAGCUUCCGUGUGUCAUGGACUCGCGCUACAGGCCCGGUGGAGAAGUACAGAGUGGUAUAUUACACAUCCAGUGAAUCCAGACCCGAGGAGGUGGUGGUGAACGGCGAUGAGAACUCUGUGGUGUUGAAGUAUCUGAACUCUCUGACGGAGUAUCAGAUCACAGUGUUCGCCAUCUACAGAAACACAGCCAGUGAAGCUCUGAGAGGAAGUGAGACCACCUUGGCGUUGCCGACGGUCAGUGAUCUGGAGCUGUAUGACAUCACUCACAGCAGCAUGCGUGUGCGCUGGCGGGAGGCAGAGGGGGCUUCUGGGUACAUGAUCCAGUACGCUCCUCUGACCGAGGACGAGCCCGCAGACGAGAAGGAGGUUAGAGUGUCUGACUCCGUGACUCAGGUUGAACUGGACAGUUUAACACCUGUGACCAAAUACACAGUGACCGUUUAUGCCCUGUACGGAGAGGAGGCCAGUGACCCCAUGACCGCGCAGGAGACCACACUCCGUCUGACUCCGGCUCGUAAUCUGCGCAUCUCAGACAUCAGUCACAGCUCCGCUAAACUCUCGUGGGACGCGGCGUCUCGUAAGGUCAAAGGUUUCCGCAUCGUUUAUGUGAAGACAGAUGCUGCGGAGACCAAUAAGAUGGAAGUGGGUCCGGUCACCAAGGUGUUCCUGCGUAACCUGACCUCUCUGACGGAGUACACUGCUGCAGUCUUUGCCCUGUAUGACGAGGGACAAGCAGAACCGCUGACGGACAGCUUCACCACCAGUGAAGUUCCUCUGCCGCUGAAUUUCAGCAGCACUGACGUGUCCACGGAUAGUUUCAGAGUGAUGUGGCGAGACGCAGCGUCUGACAUCUCUUUCCACAGACUCACCUGGAGACCCGCAGCAGGAGGAGAGACCAAAGAGGUUCUUAUAUAUGAUGACCCUAACUGGUUUGUCAUCACGGGUCUGAAGCCUGUGACUGAAUAUGAAGUUUCUUUGUCUGCGGUCUACAGUGACGAGUCUGAGAGUGAUCCGGUGGAGAUCAGUGUGACCACAGUUGCCAGAACAACAACAGUAAUGACAACGACCAUCAGAACGACUACAGCCGAGCAGCGUCUGGCCAUCAGGAAUCUGCAGCUGAGUGACGUGACGACCUUCAGCAUGCGUGUAUCGUGGGAACCGCUGGGUCCAAGCGUGCGUCAGUACCGAGUGUCGUACAUAAGUACGCGAGAAGACCGCGCCGAACAGAGGGCGACGGUUCCUACGGCUCAGACCUCACUGCUGUUACAGCCUCUUCUGUCAGACACAGAGUAUAGCGUCAGUGUCUCUGUCAUCUACAGCGAUGGCGACGGGCCGCCCAUCACACGCACUGCACGCACACGUGAGUCUGCUCUCCACUGAGCCUCGUGCUGGGGUUCUGGCUAACAUCUACAGCUGUCAACGUGUUAGAGACUUUUACUGUAGUGUCCAGAUUUGAAGUCUGAGAGGAAAGUGUGUGUUUUAGGGCUUGUGACCUCCACUAGUUCACCAUGAAUAAUGCAUUGUGACUAGUGUUUUAUCUGUGCAU